CCAAGAUCUGGCUGGCAUGGCAUCGUCGCGGUCCCUGCCAUCGAUGGACGCGCGGCCACCUCUGGGCGCCAAGGUCGGCGAAGCGCACCGACCGGCCAUCGACAUCAUCGCCACGUACAUGAACUCGUCGGACAACCGGCUCAACGCCAAGGCCGACAGCACGCGGUCCGUGCAUGGCUCUGGUGAUCUCAAGCGACCGUCGUCGCAAGCGCAGAGCCGCGACAGCAGCGCUGAGUGGGGCUGGUUUCACGACAUCGACAGCAGCGUCGAGUCGAUGGGCGACAACUCGAUGAUGGGCAUGCCCCGGCGGCGGUUCAGCGGCGGCGACUCUGGAGGCCACAUCAUUCACGACGAGCAGCAGAGCUUGAGCCGCAUGACAGCGCUCAAGACGUUUCCAAACGAUGGCAAGGUGCUCACGGCCGCUGUAUCCAUUCCCAAGUUCCGCAUCGUACAGAACCGCGCCGGCGCCGACCGCCACGCCGAGUACCUCGUGACGUUCAAGCUCGGGCGCGAGUACCACACUGACUGGCGGCGCUACUCGGAGUUUGAAGGUAUCGUCAAGAAGCUCGACAUGGGGCUGUACCCGCGGGCGAGCGUCGCGUGGCGCGCCGUUGACAACCGCUGGUUCAACCGGCUCGAGCCGAGCUAUCUGCACAAAAAGUGCAUUGCGCUCGAGGUGUUUCUUCGGGACCUCAUGUACGAGCUCCUCGAGCCCGACGUCUUUAUCGACUUCCUCGGCAGUCGCGUCAACUCGCGCCCGUCCGACGCCUCAGCCGAGCGCGCCGCCGCCCAGCUGCCCAAGGAGCUACGUCCGCCCCAGCCCCAGGAAGAGCGCGAGCUCUUUGAGAAGCUCUGGGCCGAAAACUUCAAGCGGUCGGCCGUCAACUACACAGAACCAGUCGUCGCCGACGGCUGACUUAUUUACACAUAACACUAUUACGAGUGCAGCUAUAACUCGCAACGUUGUCCCACGCCCA